UUGAGAUUUCCGAUUUUACGGUAGAACAGUAGGUUUAUGCUAUUUAUCAGUUUUCAGGAUUUGUGAUUACAUAUUUCGUCUUUCGCUGAAGUUUUAAUGCGAAUUUACAUUUGCAUCUUCCCAUUCUGAAGCAAUAAGCGCUAUUAAAUGUAAUGGCGCUUUUUUAUAAUAUCGACAUGGUUGUUGGUUAUCUCGGUGGACUUAUUGGGAUACCUGAUCAUGUUCCAAGUCGGAAGCUUUUGUGGAUUUCCUUUGCGUGUCUGAUCUCUUCAUCAUUUUGCUAUAAGUCCAGCUCAUCCUGGGAUGCGGAUCUGUUUGAUGCAUCUUCUUUACCAGAAGAUUUGGUGGAGAAGAAGCUGGUCAGCCUCAAACCGGAUAUUUUGGAUAUCCUCGAUUAUCACAACACCACCUUUGGAGAUCCUGAAUCUGCUAAACGCGUGAAGCAUUUCGUCCUCGGUUACGUUACGCCGUGGAAUAACAAAGGUUACGAUCGCGCCGUCAAGUAUGCCAAGAAAUUUACGCACAUUUGUCCGGUAUGGCUACAAGUCGUGCCUGGAUCAACCGCGAAAGUGCCUUUCGAAGUGCGUGGAACGCAUGACGUGGACCAAGGAUGGAUUGGACGUUUAAAGGAAAAAAACGAAGAAUUGAAAAUUGUGCCGAGAGUACUCUUGGAGGGUUUCGAUGGACGGAGCUUGCAGACCUUGAUGUUUGACGAGGAAAAUGCUGAAACGUUUGCGUCCGUACUGAUUGCCACGUUACAGCAAUAUAAUUUGGAUGGCGCAGUCUUGGAAAUGUGGAAGCCUGUGAACGAGGACGUUUAUCGUCGCGCAAUGCGAAACAUGAUAAAGAUUGUCGCCGAUAAGCUGAAAAGUGCCGGUUUGCAGUCAAUCCUGGUUGUCCCGCCUUCUGGAGGACAAAAAACUCCGGGAAGACUUAAGAACGAAGACUUUUUGUUCCUUGCGGAUUCCAUUGCUUUGUUUAGCGUGAUGACUUACGAUCAUCCUUUGACUUACUCUAAUGCUGGUCCUAUCGCGCCUUUACAGUGGAUGGUCGAUAGCAUGGAGAGUAUAGCUACUGAUAAAGAGAAGAGCAAACGCAAGAAAUUAUUACUUGGACUGAACCAUUAUGGCUACGAUUUUACGCCGAAAGCGGGAGCGAAUGCCAUUGUGGGAACAACGUUUUUGGAACAUUUACAAAAAUAUCAACCUACGUUGGAAUGGGAUGCUGUUGGUAGAGAACAUGUGUAUAAAUACCGGCAAGAAAAUACUCAGCACGUUGUUCAUUUUCCGUCCUUACGAUCCCUAGAGGAAAGGAUUACUCUAGCUAACCGGCUUGGCACCGGCGUAGCUAUUUGGGACUUAGGUCAAGGACUGGAUUAUUUUUUUGAUUUGCUGUGAUCUUCAGAUACAUGUUUACGUUAUGUUUAUGUUAUGCGCAUGUCUUGUAGUUGAGCAGCAGUUAUUUUUUCACCGAUGCUUCAGAUGUCUGUCGCUGUUUUGGUAACUGCUAAUUGACUUCUGCCAAUUCUGGAAAACGGGGAAAUGAGCAUUAGCUUACUGUUAGGAAAACCCGUUCGAAAACAUCCGACUGCGAGCCGUAAUACUGCUACAUGCUGUAAUAUUUUCCAAUAAGUAAUUAUUCUGUGUUCCCUUCAUAA